CAAAAGUUGAAACCAGACCUGGAAAUAGAGCGUGUGCUUGAACAGUACAGCUUGCGUCCAAGAAAAGAAGAAAAGAAAAAAGAAGAGAUCUAUUCGGAGAAAAAGAUUUUUGAGACAAUAAAAACAAUUGAGAAACCAUCAUCAAAAACAAAGGAGCUAGAGUUUGGUGGAAGAAUUGGGGCCUUCGCGCUGAUAUUUUUCAUGCCUGCUACUGUAUUCUACUUGCUGUUGAUGUGCAAACAGGAUGACCCCAGUCUUACAAACUUCCCUCCUCCUUUCCCAGCACUGGAAAGUCUUUGGGAGGCUAGGGUGUUUGGUGUUUUUCUUCUGUGGUUUUUCCUUCAAGCUCUGUUUUACUUACUGCCAGUUGGAAAGGUUGUAGAAGGCCUCCCUCUUUCAAAUGGAAGGAAACUGCAGUAUCGGAUAAAUGGGUUUUAUGCAUUUAUUUUGACUGCUGCAGCUAUUGGAACUUUAUUAUACUUUCAAUUUGAACUUCAUUAUUUGUAUGACCACUUCAUGCAGUUUGCAGUGUCAGCUGUAGCUUUUUCUUUGGGCUUGAGCAUUUAUCUGUAUAUUCGGUCCCUGAAAGCACCUGAGGAAGAAUUAGCACCAGGUGGAAAUUCUGGGUAUUUUGUUUAUGAUUUUUUUAUGGGACAUGAAUUAAACCCUCGUAUUGGCAGUUUUGACCUCAAAUACUUCUGUGAGUUGCGUCCAGGAUUAAUUGGCUGGGUUGUUAUAAACUUGGCAAUGCUCUUGGCUGAGAUGAAGAUACACAAUCAAAGUGUGCCAUCUCUGUCAAUGAUACUCGUGAACGGCUUUCAGCUUCUUUAUGUGGUGGAUGCUCUUUGGAAUGAGGAAGCUGUUUUGACUACAAUGGAUAUCACCCAUGAUGGAUUUGGAUACAUGCUAGUGGUCGGAGAUUUGGUGUGGGUUCCGUUUGUCUACAGUCUGCAGGCCUUCUAUUUAGUUGGUCAUCCUACUGCAAUUUCUUGGCCUGUUGCUGCUGCAAUUACUAUUCUGAACUGUAUUGGGUAUUACAUAUUCCGUAGUGCAAAUUCUCAGAAAAAUAAUUUCCGAAGGAAUCCAGCAGAUCCCAAAUUGUCCUAUCUGAAAUUUAUACCCACUGCAACUGGAAAAGGGCUUCUUGUCACGGGUUGGUGGGGUUUUGUUCGUCACCCUAAUUAUCUUGGUGAUAUCAUCAUGGCUCUAGCAUGGUCACUACCGUGUGGUUUUAAUCACAUUUUACCAUAUUUCUACGUGAUAUAUUUCAUCUGCUUGCUUGUCCAUCGAGAAGCUCGUGAUGAACAUCAUUGUAAGCAAAAAUACGGCUUGGCAUGGGAAAGGUAUUGUCAGCGUGUACCGUACCGCAUAUUUCCUUAUAUCUACUAG